AUGAGAAUAAAUAGUUUCCUAGGUGACGAACAAUUUCAUAUGUUUUUAUUUUUGCUGUUCAUCUCAAUUCAUUUUGUCGCUGAAAGCGCUGCAUCACAAGGUACAAUUUCCGCAAUUUAUGCGGAUGAUAUUGAAGUAGAAAAUAAUGCGAAUAAUGAAGAGAGGCUAUUGGAUGAUGAAACCCAGUAUUGGACAGAUAUUAAAUUUGACCAGAUUGUUCAUUAA